AUGCUGAAUGAGGAACGUCCAGUUCAAGACUUUAUAGAAGAACAACGAGUGAAAAUGAUUAACUACAUACAAAAUUUCCUAAAAGACGGAAGUCAUCCAAGAAAAGACUACAAAGAGUUAUUACAACUAUCACCUUUGUACCUAGGAAGUUGGUCUCAAGACGAAUUCAGUUUCAGGAUCCCAGGAGCUCUGCAUCAAACAAGGUGGAUAGCAAAAGCAAUUUAUGCACUUAAAAUUGUUCUCUUCACUAAACAGUUGAAUAUGACUCAACGAGAAUUGAAAGAAAUGAAAAGGGAUGCACAUUUUGUCAGCCUCAUAUAUCUUCUGAAUAUUUAUCCAGGUGUAUACGUCAAAAAAAAUGCUCUUACUGUUGCUAAGAAACACCUGCGAUAUCUGUCAGAAACAAUCGUAGGAUUAGCUUUUCUGAAUGAACGUAUUAGUCAGAUUGAAAAGGAAAAUAUGAUGAAACAUUUAGAAACCAAACCUCAAAAUAAAAAGGAAAUGAAACGAUUAGACGAUGAAAAACUUAGUUUUUGA